AUGAUCAAGCUGCAUCUUGCGACGUUGCGCUUCAUUGUGAUUUUGGGGUUGCGCAGCUGGAGGCUGUGGCUGUGGCUGGUGCGGAAGGGAGAUGAAGGUUUCCGGCCUAGGAUGUUUUCGCAAGAUGAAGAUGUGGAAUUUGCUGCGACCAAUGGAAUUAUAAUCGCACUACUACCUUCAGACCUGCGCAUUCGAUCUGGCAGUCUUUUUGUGAAGUGGCAAACACGUUCGUCAGCUGUUGCCGGGUCCGCGACAAAAGGAUCUGAGAGAUACAUCUACUUGCCAGUUUGGUGCUUCGCCGACGCCGCGCAGGAGACGCUGAGCCUGGGUCGCAGGCAGGAUUUUCAGGCCACCCUUGUGUAUAUGUGGCAGCAGCCAUAUCAUAUGUACUCUAAGCGCAAACCAACAUUACCCGGUCGCUCAGAAAAGUGCCUUCAUAGGCAAGGUAAUUCCCAGGUUAAAGACCUGCAGCAACUGACAUAUCUCCUCACUGGCGCCAAUCUAAUAUGCAAGGACACGGAGCUGGAUGUCGAAGCCUAUCCGGAAGGAGAUAUGCGAGUAAGGCCACCGCAUCGAUUGUGCAAUCCAUCCUCCAUGAUCCUCGUGAAGCAAGGGUUGAAACACGCCCUGAGCCUCUCCAGUGUCGACUACACCCACAAGACAACCACAGCACUCCUGGACAGAGUUGCUUCCAUCGCCACCAACACCCGCGUCUCGCUGUUUCGAAACGCACAUGCAAGUCCGUGCCGAGACCUUCACCAGCUGAUCUUACUCAGAUUGGCUGUCAGUUGGUCAGGAGUGGACCGCUCAGCUCCACUUCCCUAG